GAAGCUCACAGAGGCCUGAGAGACGGAGAAACAGAGAGUGGAGGAGGAGUGUCCGUCUGCUCCAGGACACGCUCACAGACAGCAGCACUCCAGAGAUCUCCCUUCCACAAGCGUGAGAGCACUGCAAUGGCUGAAAACACCACCGCCUACCCUGCCGGCUCUUCCUCGUCGCUGUCUCCCUCAGUGGCGAGCCGGCCAGAGGAUGAGAGCACCGUGAGCAACGACGCCUCCACCGCGGUGGGAGCGCUCAUCCUCAGCCUCGUCUUCCUCCUGGGCGUCCCGGGGAACCUCUUCGUCGUCUGGAGCAUCCUGGCUCGCACCCGGCGACGCUCCGUCACCACCCUCCUCAUCCUCAACCUGGCGUGUGCCGACGGCUUCCUGAUGACCCUCACCAUCUUCUUCGUGGUGUACCUGGCCAAGCGGAGCUGGGUGUUUGGGAACAGCAUGUGCAAGUUGCUCUUCUACCUGUGCAACGCCAACAUGUACGCCUCCAUCCUGCUCAUCACGCUGAUGAGCCUGUACAGGCUGGUGGCGGUGGUGUGGCCGCACCGUGUCAGCGCCCUCGCUGGCUGGAGGACCGUACUGCGCGCGCUGGUGGCAGUGUGGCUGCUGGUGAUGGUCAUGGCUGUCCCGGCCCUGGUGUUCAGAGCCGAGAAGAAGAACAGCGCGGGCCACAAUGAGAGCCGCAUAGUGUGUGAGGCCCACCAUGAAAAACCCCAACACGCCAUCUUCCAGUACACCUUUGAGACGGUGACGGGCUUUGUCCUUCCGUACGGCGUGAUCGUCAGCAGCUACGUGUGCAUCCUACGCCGCCUCCGGCAGACCAGGUUCCGCCGCCGAAUCCGCAGUGAGAAGCUCAUCCUGGCCAUCGUCAUCACCUUCGGCCUCUUCUGGCUGCCCUACCACGUCAUCAACAUGAUGCAGGUUGCUGCAGAUAUUUUCAAGUACAGGAAAUCCCUGCAUGACAGGCUGGAACGCAUCGUGGCUAACAGCCGUGCGGUCACCUCCUCGCUGGCCUUCAUCAGCAGCUGUGUGAACCCCGUCCUCUACACCUUCGUUGGGAAGGCCUACAUCCGCCGCAAUGGCCUGGCCUUCAUGGCACGGCUGUUUGAGCAGGCGGGGCUGGACUCGGGCACCAGGAAGAGCCAACACGCCAAUCAGAGCAAGGAGAGGAUGGGGCUGAACAGCCGGGAGAGGGAGGCCGACUCCUCCACCAGCAACACCGCCAACACGCAGCAGAACGGGAGAUAGCACACACACACACACACACACACACUCAGCGUCACACACACACUCUCACCCUCACUCACAC